AUGAAUCUCGCCCUGGUCGACCCGUUCGUGCUGGCGCAGGACAUGCCAGAGACGCUUAUUGCCCGUCUGCGAAGUUCUGGUGCCGCCGUCUGUUUGCGAUUCAACCGCCAGGGCGACCUGCUCGCUUCUGGUACCGCCAAAGGUGCCAUUGCCAUCUUCGAUCUCGAAACUCAUGGUGUUGCCCGCAAGCUGCGUGGUCACACGCCUGGCCGUCAAGUCCAGUCGCUUAGCUGGUCUGCUUGUGGUCGUUAUCUGCUCAGCUCCUCGGUCGACUGGAAGGCCAUCCUGUGGGACCUCAACGAUGGUUCGCGCAUUCGCACCGUCAACCUUGGUGCCCCCAUCUACAUCGCCGAACUGCACCCUCACGAUCACCUCCUCUGCACUGCUGCCCUCUUCGAAGCCCAGCCCGUCUUGGCCUCGCUCGACCAAUCAUCCACCCUCCGAAGACCUCUGCCUUCAGCCCCCAAGCGCUCUACCUACGAGCAAGAUGACAAGCAAGCUGCCCAAGAUGCCAAAAAUACCACGACCGUCACCAUCUUCACCCCGUCUGGCAACCACAUCAUCACCGGCACCACAAAGGGCUGGCUCAACAUCAUCAAGGCGAGCACUUGUUCCGUCAUCUAUUCAACUCGGCUUAGUGUCAAGGCGCUACUUCUCUUACGUCUUACUCUGUCGGGUCGCGAUUUACUGGUCAACGCGGCUGACAGCAUCAUCCGCACAAUUCAUUUGCCCGACCUCGAAGACCUGUCCUUCGAUCCUGACAACAUGCGCCUUGAGGUUGAGCACAAGUUCCAAGACGUCGUCAACCGUCUGUCUUGGAAUCACGUUGCCUUCAGUCCGUCUGGCGACUAUGUCAUGGCUUCGACUCUAAUGAAUCACGACAUUUACAUUUGGGAGCGUGGUCACGGCAGUCUGGUCAAGAUUCUUGAGGGACCGAAGGAAGAGCUAGGAGCAGUCGAGUGGCACCCUCAACGACCAUUUGUCGCAGCCACUGGUGUCGAGUCUGGUCGAAUCUACCUAUGGUCGGUCAACACGCCACAGCGCUGGUCUGCACUCGCUCCUGAUUUUGUUGAAGUCGAGGAAAAUCAUGAAUACAUCGAAGCUGAAGAUGAAUUCGAUAUACAACCUAUUGAAGAACUGCACAAGAGACGUCUCGAUCUCGAAGACGAACACGUCGAUGUCUUGACUGUCGAUCCUGCCAAGCCUGGCCAGGUAAAACACGAGUUCCGCAUGCCCGUCCUGUUAGACAUCCAUGCAAGUGACAGUGAAGAGGAGAUGGUCGCAAUUGGAGCAGGACAGUAUCGCCGCAAGAGUCAAGGCCCCGAAUCAGAGUUCCUCGACGAUGACGAGGACUCAAUGCCAGCCAAUGGUCAAACCAAAAGGCGCCGUGCUGAUUGA